CCGCCCACCAGCUCCGUCUGCCUGCCCACCUCACCUCUCUCCCUCUCCCUCUCCCGCAAGCGUUUCACACACUGCCGCUGCUCAAGUCUCGGUCAGCCACAUUUUGGUACCCGAAAGUGAUUCACAAUGACAAUGAAACUGGCUUACUGGGAUAUUCGCGGGCUCGCCCAGCCUGUCCGCCUGCUGCUUGAGUACACCGGCACCAAGUAUGAGGACAAGUUUUACGUCUGUGGUGAAGCUCCAAACUAUGACAAGAGCUGCUGGUUUGAUGAAAAACCCAAACUUGGAAUGGACUUUCCCAAUCUGCCCUACCUGGAGGAUGGAGACAGGAAGAUAGUGCAGAGCAAUGCGAUCAUGAGAUACAUUGCUCGUAAGCACAAUUUGUGCGGAGAGACGGAGGAUGAGAAGGUCCGUGUGGACAUCAUGGAGAACCAGGCGAUGGACUUCAGAAAUGGUUUUGUGAGGCUGUGCUACACUGACUUUGACAAGAUGAAGCCCGGGUACCUUGAGGCACUGCCAGGCACACUGAAGCAGUUGUCAAAUUUCUUGGGAGACAGGAAGUGGUUUGCUGGUGACAAGAUCACUUUUGUGGACUUCAUUAUGUACGAGCUGUUGGAUCAACACAGGAUGUUUCAUCCUACAUGCCUGGAUGACUUCAAGAAUCUCAAAGAUCUUUUAGACCGAUUUGAGGCUCUGGAGAAGAUUGCUGCCUACAUGAAGUCCGACAAAUUCAUGAAGACUCCUGUCAACAACAAGAUGGCCAAGUGGGGAAACAAGAAAGAGUAAAAGACGAUGCAUUUACACCUUACAGAAACAAUGAAAAGAACCAAGUUCCCAAGUGCAACUCAAUAAUGUAAAUUCAGGACUAGAGAAAAGUUGUUCUGUACUUUGUCUUUUUAUAUCCUGUUAACUAGUUUAAGGUCCUUGAAUCACAUGUAUCACAACAUUUAGUCAGGUUAAAACCACUUUAGUUGAAUUGUGCAAAAAGAAAAAUCCAAGUCUACUGAUAUUAUGAAGAUGAGUAGAAACUUUAAUUUGAAUUAAAGCACUUAAUGUCUUUAUUACAACUGAAAGAGAUUUGAUUUGACAGAUUAAAGUAAAUCUUUUACUGA